UCCCUUUAACUCUAAAUUACUAGUACGGUACUGCGGAAUAACCACUAAUUAAUAGCGGGCGAGUGGUGGCAAAUGUCUCCACAGUUGUACCGCAGAAGAUGAAAAAAAUGUAAGGCAGAUUCCAUGAUACCAACAAAACAGCGACUCAUAAAGACCUUAGAUCCCUCCAAUCUCCAUACUAAGUCAUAUUUCCAGACACCCGAGGAUGGCGACUUCAAAUCAUACAAGGCCAAUUCGAUAUUGGCCGGGAGGAAUCCCUGCCUCCGUUCAGUAUCACCCGACGAAACAACUUACUGAGCAAGAGAAAGAUAAUGGGAAUUGGGAUUUUCCUACUCCUGAGGAGACCAUUGAAGAAUCAAAAGGUUGGCUGUUAUUUGUCGAGGAACAAUGGCUGUCUCGCGAGGCAGCAGGUAGCUCAGAUGAAGACGAAGAGUACGAACUCCGUCAAAGACGUUCUUUGGUCGAGAAGUGGGCCUCAGCAGAUCAGUCAUUUCGUGAUUCUUUUCAUAACCGCGCGCACCCCAGGAAAUCAGCGAUAGAUUAUCCAUCUUCAGCUUUAGAACGCCUUGAAGACACGCGGCAGGAUUAUAGCUCUUGGGUCUGCAUAAAUCCUGUAGAUACGCCACUCAAGCGUGCGCGCUUUGUCAAGUUCUUGAUCCUUUGUUACCGACUUGAUGGACAGAAUUGGCAUCCAGAACCAAACGGCGAAAUCCUUCCCACAAUGGUGAAACCAAACCCUGCUACAUUCCCGGAUGCUAACGACUUCACUAUUUCCGACUUCCCUAUGUGGGCGGUUGUCGAAACGGCUGACUUCAAAGCUAUAUCAAUGUCUGUUACGGGGCAUCUUAUCCUCGAAACCAAUUACGGUCCAUAUUUCAUCAUCGAUCAAGCUUCUCUUGAGACAGGCCGAUUCUUCGUUGUAGAAUAUAAAUCAACAGGCCAUAUCGACCAUAUCAUCCCACGACGACCGUACUUUUUAACGGAUCUUGUGAAUUAUUCCGAGCUUGGAUUCACAGUCGAGCGUAUGGAGGAAGAAAAUAUCGGUGGACGCGAACAAUAUCAGAAUCAGCCGAUGGAUAUGGAUCUACCAAUUCUAGACAUUAUUCAAAAAGCGAAAGAUAAUAAUCAAAUGACGAAGUUCUUUUACACUGAGCGUGAUCAGUGGGAGAAGGAUAUUGAGCUAUAUGCGCCAGGUUACUUGGCCAUGGAGGCGGAAGGGAGGGCUUCAGAGUAUGACAUUCGGAAUCUAAGAGACACACGCGAAGCGAGUAGGGCACGUUGUGGAGGAUGAAAUAUACCUUUUCUUCGGAUAGCAAUUAGCUACUCGAUUCAUACCAUGGGGAACAUACUAUAAACACU